CGGCCAGGCGGCGCGCUAUGACCGCGGCAUGGCCGGGCGCCCCAGCUCCAUGGCGCUGCUGCUCAGCUUCGGCCUUCUCUGCCUGGGCUCAGGAGUGUGGGGUACAGACACAGAGGAGCGGCUGGUGGAGCAUCUCCUAGACCCCUCCCGCUACAAUAAGCUGAUCCGCCCGGCCACCAACGGCUCGGAGCUGGUGACCGUACAGCUCAUGGUCUCACUGGCCCAGCUCAUCAGUGUGCAUGAGCGUGAGCAAAUCAUGACCACCAACGUCUGGCUGACCCAGGAGUGGGAGGAUUAUCGCCUCACCUGGAAGCCUGAAGACUUCGACAACAUGAAGAAAGUCCGGCUCCCUUCCAAGCACAUCUGGCUCCCAGAUGUGGUCCUGUACAACAACGCCGACGGCAUGUACGAGGUGUCCUUCUACUCCAACGCGGUGGUCUCCUACGACGGCAGCAUUUUCUGGCUGCCCCCAGCCAUCUACAAGAGCGCGUGCAAGAUCGAGGUGAAGCACUUCCCGUUCGACCAGCAGAACUGCACCAUGAAGUUCCGCUCGUGGACCUACGACCGCACCGAGAUCGACCUGGUCCUCAAGAGUGACGUGGCCAGCCUGGACGACUUCACGCCCAGCGGCGAGUGGGACAUCGUGGCGCUGCCAGGCAGGCGCAACGAGCACCCGGACGACUCCACGUACGUGGACAUCACGUACGACUUCAUCAUCCGCCGCAAGCCGCUCUUCUACACCAUCAACCUCAUCAUCCCCUGCGUGCUCAUCACGUCGCUGGCCAUCCUCGUCUUCUACCUGCCGUCCGACUGCGGCGAGAAGAUGACGCUGUGCAUCUCCGUGCUGCUGGCGCUCACCGUCUUCCUGCUGCUCAUCUCCAAGAUCGUGCCGCCCACCUCGCUGGACGUGCCGCUCGUGGGCAAGUACCUCAUGUUCACCAUGGUGCUGGUCACCUUCUCCAUCGUCACCAGCGUGUGCGUGCUCAACGUGCACCACCGCUCGCCCACCACGCACACCAUGGCGCCCUGGGUCAAGGUGGUCUUCCUGGACAAGCUGCCCGCGCUGCUCUUCCUGCAGCAGCCGCGCCAACGUUGCGCGCGACAGCGCCUGCGCCAGCGCCGACGGCAGCGCGAGCGCGAGGGCGCAGGCGCGCUCUUCUUCUGGGAGGGCCCGGGGUCGUCCGAAGACCCCUGCCCUUGCUUCGUCAACCGCGCGUGCGCGCCGGGCUGGGCUGCGGCGGCCGGGACGACGUCGGCGGGUCGCGGGCGCUGCGGGUGCGGUCUCCGGGAAGCGGUGGACGGCGUGCGCUUCAUCGCGGACCACAUGCGGAGCGAGGACGACGACCAGAGCGUGAGGGAGGACUGGAAGUAUGUUGCCAUGGUGAUCGACCGCCUGUUCCUCUGGAUCUUUGUCUUCGUGUGUGUCUUUGGCACCAUCGGCAUGUUCCUACAGCCUCUCUUCCAGAACUACACGGCCGCCACCUUCCUCCACCCAGACCACUCGGCUCCCAGCUCCAAGUGAGACCUCGCUCAUCUCUGCCCCUCACCUCUUGACCCCUAGGGUUCAGUAGCACCGGGUGGAAGAUGGAGGCAGGGUGCUGCCCCCACAGAUCCGUCCCCGUACUCCCCCGGAGCCCUGCCUCGCACCUCUGUCCACACGGCCCACCGCUCCGGAGGCUGGCCCGGCUGUCUUGCUUUCAGGCUGCCCUCUCUCCGUCCUGCGCCAACGCGGGCAGCGGUGCGCGUGGCCGCGGCAAAGGAAGGGAAGUGGAAGCCAGAGAUGUCAGAGCUGGCCACCCCAGGACGGUGCUGGAGAAGGAACCAGGAAGGCGAUAGAGUCGUGUGUGGCCUCCAAGUCACAGAAGAACGGUGGGAAUUGGGGCCCAGUCACCGCAGGCCUGGCUGUGGGGCUCAGGCGGGAGAGGCCGUGUGACUGAGGGGUCCAGAGCCCGGCCUCGGGUCCACUUCCCCCCGGGUGCAGAAUUCUCCGAACCCCUAGACUUCCUUCUCCUUCCUUCCCCACUUGGGAAAGGCUAGGUAUUAGGGGUAUCUUCGAGUGGCCAGCCUGGAGUCUGAGGUCCACAGGCUUGAACUUGCUGAGAAGGACAGUUCACAGGUGGCCGCCAGGACUUCACAGUGCUGGAUUUGAGCUGGAGCCCUGUUGAAGAUGAGGCGACGUGGCUGGUGACUUUUGACUGGCUGUUCGAAGGAGGCGUUAUGUUAACUUCAGUCGGAUUCAGCCUCUCUGGUCGCAGCAGAGCUGGGCUGGGCAGGGCCGGGGAGCCGGCUGUGGAGGCCAACUGAGAGGGGCAGACAGCCAGACUUGGUCACAACAGUGUUGGCGCCUGCUCCAUUUUCCCCUUCACCGCUGUGCCGUCCUUCCAACCCUGGCUCCAAGUCCCCGCCUCUGCCACCUCUGGGCAGGCUGAAGCAGAGCCAGAAGACGACGGCUGUCUUGCCACUGGUGCAGAGACCGCAGCUCCCACCUGCCAGAAUGGCUUCUUGGGCAUCUCUUCUUGGUGGCAGUGGGGAUAUCCCCCCUCUUCUGGAGCAAGAAGCCGAAGCCGCCCAUCCCCAUGGUCGCUAGAGGCUGCAUGGCCCUCUGGUCUGCUGGCCCGGGGGAAACAGACCUGUUUAGAGAUCUCCUACCGCCACCUGAACCACGUGGCUGCCUCGUAGUCCCAGCCUGAGCCAGCAGAUGGCGGGGUCACCGAGGGGUCUGGAGUACCAGUGCAUCCAAGGCAUGUGGCCCAACAGGCCAUUCUGACUCUGGAGCCCAGUGGGGACUGUGGUUUUCCCAGGCACAGUGGAAGCAGAGGCCACGCUGGUGGGAGGGGAGGCGACACGCACAGGUAGUGGGGGCUGGGCAGGGAUCCCUGAGCUCUGGUCCUGGCUCUGCUGCUGUCUUAAGCAGGUCCGUUCCCCCCCCCCCCCCGUGACUUGUGAGGUCGCAGCUUCCUUUCCUGUGACGUAGAGAGCGUGCCUUGUCAUCUUGCGGAUGAAGGAUGCUUGCGGAACAUCUGGGAGGCCACGUCAGAGCCUGUGGGACGGGCACGCGACUGGCCAGCCAGCCCUGUUCGCGGAUCUGUCCUUGCCUUCCCUCUUCCUUGAGCAGAUCAAGUUUCUCUGAGCAGGGCCUGGGUCUGGGGGAGGAGGGUCUGUGGCUGGAGAGAAAUCACCCUCAAGUCUGGUGCGGGAGUGGCCCUCUCAGCCAAGCUUCUCCUCACCCUGGGGCAGAGCCCUUGUCCCGGCCCACUCAUGGCUCGGGAGAAAGCACCCAGGAGUGCCCCCCCCCCCAGGGCGCCGUUAGACCUCCACCACCCUCCUCGGACCCCGCGGCUGCUCUUUGACUUGACUCCUUCCUGCAAGUGGCUGUUGUGAAGUUGGCCACCAAGGAGCAUUCGUGAGCAGCUCCUCUAACUCUUGGCUGUGACCCUGUUGAAGUCGUUGAAACUGGGGCCCCCCGGGCGGUGGUCUGCCAGCCGACCUGGGAACGUACAGAGCGGCGCCCACCUCGGGAAGCGGCUCCCCUUGUUUGUGCACUGGGAAUGGCAGCGGGCGGGCUGGGGCAGGGCGGGAGCCAGGGCACGGGAAGCGCCGUGGGGCAGUGCCAGUCCCUCCACUUGGGUGCAGUCAUCCAGGGGUCAUCGCAACGGGAGGGGAGGAGAUGGGGCAAUGGGAGAAGAGUGAGCCUUCGAGGACACUGAAGCUUUGGGGAGCCCUGGGCCCUGUCACUUCUGUGCACUCUGACCUGGACCCUUGCGAUGUCGGGGGGGGGGGGGGACUCCCCCUUACCUCCUUCCACACGUCCCUUCUGCCCCUGGGGACCCCGAGGCGCCCAGCUAGGUAGGGGCCAGCCCCGAGGGAGGCUGCAGGUUUGAGGAGGUAGGUGAGAAGCCCAAGUGGGUACCCGGGGCAAGAGGGACACUGACCCAAGGAGCUGGCGAGCCUCAUCGUGGACGAGGCCGCCGCGGCCUGGCAGCGCUCUUUGCCGGGCAAGGGUUCCCAGGCUGCCCAUCUUGGUGAGGUCUGCAGGCUCGGAAAGCUGCCCGUGAUGGGACAUGGGGGCCCUUCAGAUGGUGCUGCGGGGGUGGGGGGGAAGAGAGCUUGGGGCGCGGCUACUAGGCCUGGCGAGGACUCAGAGCCCCCCGCGCCGGCCCUGGUGGUUCAGUCUCCCCGCGUCCCGCGCGGUCCUGCAGGGGAGGCGGCGCCGCGCCCAGAAAAGCGGGGCUGUUUGGUACCAGCUCUGGCUUGCCUUCCGCGUGGCCUUUGGGACGGGUGGCGAAUGCCCUAGGGAGGGUAAGCCCAGGCAUUCGGGGCCGUCUGAAUUAAUCAUCCUCCAAGCCAGAGCAACAUGUUGCGGUUGUCACCCCGUUUCCAGGAGGAAGUGGGCUGCUGCCAUUACAUCACCCAGCUUCCCACGCGCCACACCUGGCGGGCAGAGCACGCAGCCACCUGGGCGCGCCUUUGUCCCAACGAGCCCGAGAAGUUAGCCAGGGUGCUGGUCACGCGGUUCCCGAGGGACCGGAGCUCUGGGAACCCUCAGCACACCUCACUCACCUUGUCUGUGGCUCACUUGUCUCCCUGCAUCAUCCCCCCCGUCCCCCCCCCCCCCCCGUCUCCACUUCUAGAAUAUUCGCACUGCUCUAGUUGCCCACAACACCCGU